AUUAACGGCACGGAGAAGGUGAGGUACGUGGAGAGGUACAUCUACAACCAGGUGCAGUUCACGAUGUUCGACAGCGACGUGGGGCACUACGUGGGGUUCACCCCAGCUGGGGAGAGGGUUGCCAAGCGCUGGAACAGCGACCCGGCCAAACUGGACUACAAACGGGCUCAGGUGGACAGGUACUGCCGGCGCAACUACGAGGGGUCCCGCCCGUUCAGCGUGGAGCGCCGAGUGCCGAGUACCCCUCCCAUCUUUCUCAGUGCCACUCCAGUCCUUCCCAGUGCCUCCCAGUCCCACCCAGCCCCUCUAACUCAAUUCCCAGCUUAUUUCCAGUUCAUUCCCAGUUCAAUCUAUCUCAGACCUCCACCACCUCUCACA